AUGACGGAGUCUUUUCAGAAGUUAGAAAAGAUCGGAGAAGGAACUUAUGGUGUUGUGUAUAAGGCAAGAGAGAGAAACACAGACAGAAUAGUUGCCUUAAAAAAAAUAAGACUCGAGAAUGAGAAUGAAGGAAUUCCAGCUACAACAAUAAGAGAAAUAUUGCUUUUGAAGAACCUAAAACACUCAACGAUUGUUGAGUUAAGCGAUGUAAUUUACAACAACAACAAAAUGUAUCUUGUGUUUGAAUAUGUAGAACUCGAUCUAAGGAGAUAUUUAGAUAAAAUGAAUGAUGAAGGACGCCUUGCCGAUGAAGGCUUUGUCAAAAAAAUGUCCCAUCAAUUACUAACUGCAAUGGAGUACUGUCAUUCUAGGAACAUUUUCCAUAGAGAUUUAAAGCCUCAGAACAUCCUCAUAGAUCCCAAGGAAAACAUCAAGCUGGCGGAUUUCGGUCUUGGAAGGGCCGCUGGUGUUCCAUUAAGAACCUAUACUACAGAGGUGGUAACACUCUGGUAUAGGCCACCUGAAUUACUUCUAGGAUGUAAAUAUUACGACGCUUCUGUAGAUGUGUGGAGCGCCGCUUGCAUUAUGGCUGAGGUUGUCCUCAUGAAGCCCUUUUUCCCAGGAGACUCCGAAAUAGACCAAUUAUUCAGAAUAUUCAAGGUUCUUGGGACUCCAAGCAAUUCUAGAUGGUCAAAUGUAGAAAAUUUCCCAAACUAUAAAGUGGAAUUUCCUAUCUGGGAUCCCGUGGACUUGAAAACAAUCCUCAAAGCAGAUUCCGAUUUCAUUGACCUUAUUUCAAAGAUGCUUGAGUAUGAUCCGAAGCUGAGAAUGACAGCCAAGAGCGGAUUGUCUCACAGAUACUUCAAAAAUAUUCCCCCAAUACUAGAAUAA